AGCUCCGCCCCGGACUGUCCGCGUGCUGCUGGUUGCGAGCUCAGUCAGUGAGAGAGGAUCCUCGCGACCACGUCGAUCUUAACGGCUGUCUUUGACGUUGAAACGGUCACAGGCUGCUGGAUUAAACCGGUAACCUGAGCAGAUUCCGGCGUUAACAAUACACGGUGGAUUGUCCUAUGAUGGAGGAGCUACAUGAUGUCCAGCUCACUGAGAUCAAACCACUGCUGACAGGACAGAAUGGGAGGAAUCUCCAGGAUUUCGAUUGUCAGGAUGUCUGACUCUCUGGAUCUGCACCAGAUCUUCUGUUCUUUAGAAGUUGGGGUGGAGCACGAUGUGGAGACGGCCCACGGCGUGCUGCACGUCACCAUGAGGGGGGCCGCUAAAGGCAACCGGCCCACGAUCCUCACCUACCACGACAUCGGACUCAACCAUAAGUCAUGUUUCAACAGCCUCUUUAACUUUGAAGACAUGCAGGAAGUGACGCAGCACUUCUCAGUUUUGCAUGUUGAUGCUCCGGGACAGCAGGAGAAUGCUCCUAUAUUCCCUACAGGGUACCAGUAUCCCAGCAUGGAUGAGCUGGCUGAGAUGCUGCCAUCUGUCAUGACCCAGCUUCACAUAAAGAGCGUGAUUGGUAUCGGCGUUGGAGCUGGAGCAUACGUCCUCACCAAACUGGCACUGAAUGAGCCCAGUUUGGUGGAGGGUUUAGUUCUGAUUAACGUUGACCCGUGUGCCAAGGGUUGGAUCGACUGGGCUGCCUCCAAGCUGAGCGGCUGGACAAGCAACCUGGUGGACAUCAUCAUGGGGCAUCACUUCAGCACUGACGAGUUAACAGAGAACAAGGAAAUAAUCCAGACGUAUCGACUCCACAUCUCUCAGGAUAUACCACAGGACAACCUGGCCAUGUUCUACAACAGCUACAGCAGUCGCGCCGAGCUGCAGAUGGAGCGUCCUGUCUCUGGUCUGAAUGAGAACACAGCCACCACCGUCAGGUGUCCCACUCUGCUGGUCGUCGGGGACUCGUCGCCUGCCGUUGAUGUCGUGGUGGAGUGUAACUCCAGAAUGAAUCCCACCAAGACCACAUUGCUCAAGAUGGCAGACUGUGGAGGACUUCCUCAGGUGGUUCAGCCUGGAAAACUAGCUGAGGCCUUCAAGUACUUUGUGCAGGGGAUGGGUUACAUGCCCACGGCGGGGAUGACCCGGCUGGUUCGCUCCAGGACUCACUCGGCCUCCAGCGUGGGCUCCACAGACGGCGUCCGGAGCCGCAGCACCACCAACGAGGGCGCCAACUGCGCCGAGCCUGACAACACUGCAGUACACACCGUUGAAAUGACUGCAUAGGACUGUUCCCGUUUCCUCUGUGUACCUGCAGUUCUCUCGUCCAAUCAGAUCCUUCCUUUCUUUUAGUUGUAAAUGUUUUUCCUGAAAAUAGAAAGCCCUCAAAAGCUUCACUUCCAGCUGCCUGUUCUCUAAAUUUGUUCCCUGUGAGUUUAGGGUUCGUUGAAUGAUGUCAUAAACAUUUCGGUGUUAGCUGCCGCCAUGUUGGCUCCUUUUUCCUGCGCUCUGUAGGCGUUACUGCACACAGGUCAGUCGGUUUGUAUGUAUACACAGCUGUUGUGUUCCUUCACUGCUCCUUUCUCACUCCUGAUUUCUUCUUUUAGUCAUUACUCUUAUAUAAUCAAUAUUUUGUUUAUCUUUGCUGGUGGUGUUGGUUGAUAUGAAGCUCGUUUCUUAAAUGAACCCUUCUUUGGUGCCCAUUACAAAGUGGAUGUGCUUCCGACCCAGAUGUAUUUUUGUAAUCGCACUGACAGAAGAUCUGUGACGCGAGUUUGACCUGGUUUAACGACAAAAAACGGCAUCGCGAGCUGCGGUUCCCUAAAUGGUUCCCUCGGUGUUUGUGAGCGUGCACCAUGAAGCCGGGUCCUCGUACAGCUCAGUAAACACAUUAAAACAUGAAGGUCAGUGGGACUGAACUUUGAGCUGGUUUCGUCCGAUGCUGUUUUGCUGAUGUUUAAACGGGAUUUUCUGUGGCCGUACAAUUUGUUUUGCCUGAGCUUCAAGUGUAAAAACAACUUAGAGAUUUUUUUCCAGAUAAUUUAGCGAAACAUCCUGAAGUCUGCCUGUUACCUCCACAGUCUCCUCUCUUUCCCGUCUCUGAAGCUCGGUUCAUUCGGCCCGUCCACAGCAUGCUCCUUGUAGAGUGUUGGCAUGCAAACUGUGCCGUGGUGUCAGUGUAGUGAGUAAUGAGAUGUUGUUCAGCUGUAAACCUGCUGCUCUCCAUCUGAAACAAACCAAACCUCAGAUGAGGAUUCUCUAGGCUGAAGCUGGCAGCAGGGGGCGCUGGAGGUGGUCGUAGUUGCUGCAGAAAUCUUGGAGCAUUUCUUGGAUUCUGGUUAUUUGUAGGAAUUGUUUUUUGGGAAAAAAUGUUAAUGAAAACUUUCACCACAAGGUGGCGGUGUUUUACCAGAAAGCUGUGAUGACUGUGAAAGAAACACUACUGUACAGAUGUUAACGCUGAUUCACGGCUCCAUCUAGUGGAUCAAAGUGGUAUUACGUGAUAGUACAGCUCAGCCUUGUUUCAGCAUUGGCUGAGAUCUCUGCAGUACGUAGAUGUUGUAGACAUGAGAUGGGAGCUGCUGUCAGUUUUCUCACUGCAUAAUAAAAGUGUCACACUUGGCAGAAGGCGUUUCUACUGGAAACAAACAGCUGAUGUUUAAAAGAAACAGAAUGAACCAGGGUUUUUUCACCCACUGAGAAGCUGCUUUUCUCCUACAGUUGACAGCAGGCUGUUUGGCUUUCUUGGAAAUGUCCUGCAGCUUUCAAGGAACAUUUUCUUGGAACGUGAUGGAAAAUACAGCCGAGGCCAAAGGGUGACCUUGGUCAUGGUGUUGCUGCCCCCUGCUGGACGAUUCAGCAGGAAACGAACGCCAGUGUUUGUCAGCAGCUUUUCAUGUCGACUCUUAUGAAACAUUCAGGUUUGGCGGGGACAGCAGGGUCGACCCAUAAACUGUUCACUUCCUUUCUUCUCUAUAUUCUGACUGUGGUUCUGUCCUUGUUGUAUUUAUUACACUCAUUUGUGUAUUAUUACUUUGGAAAUUUCUACUGAAGCUUUGGUAGCGGUUCUGUUACAGAGAAGUUUGAUUCACUGGAUGUUCCACGAUGUAAACACGGUUUGUAAUGAAAUAAAACUCGUUAUCCAGAGACA